AUGGUACAAAUUAUUGUAGAUGGAAAAGGCCUCAGUGGCCUUGACCUGAAGACUGAUCCCGGUGUGCUGAUUGUUUAUGCUGGAUUUGGUUCUCUAAUGUUCACAACUUGCAUUAGUUUUCUUUUCUAUCUCAUUCACAGUUACUUCUGCCAUUUUGAGGACUUCAAGUUGACAAAAACUACUUUCAUUGCAAUCGAGUGUGAGCCUGCCACAUCCAACUACUUUGAGUAUCCGAAGAGAGGGGACAAUGGUGUGGCAUAUGCUUGGAACUUGAGGGAACAGAAGUGGGAUAAGAUUGGUGAAGUUGUUGACGGACCGGAUGAUAACCUGAGGCGUCCUGUUCUUGAUGGGAUUGAAUAUGACUAUGUAUUUGAUGUCGAUAUUGGAGAUGGGGAGCCUAUUCGUAAGUUGCCCUACAAUCGAUCAGAUAAUCCUUAUGCUACUGCUGACAAAUGGCUUCUCAAGGAGAAUCUACCUCUUUCCUAUCGACAACAAAUUGUAGAGUUUAUACUCCAAAAUUCUGGACAAAAGGACUUCACCCUGGAUUCAUCAUUUCGUGAUCCCUUUACUGGCUCUAGUGCUUAUAUACCUGGAGCAACUUCCAGUAUGUCUGCAGCUGUUUCAGCAAAACCCACUUUCAAGCACAUUCCUAAGAAAGGAGUACUUGUUUUUGAUGUGGCACAGUUUGAUGGGAUCCUCAAAAAGCUUACAGAGUCUAACAAUGACAAAGAAAAUAAAAAUUUAUCAUUGACAGAGCUUGAGUUUUCCAGACUUGGUGCCAUUAUUAAAGUUCUGAAGGACACGUCAUUAUUAAAGUUCUGA